AUGGAAAUUUUCAUGUGGACAUUCGUGAAAUUUAUGGACAUCCGGAGGCUGAAAUGGUGGGGCAACUGGAGUGAAAAUAAAGCAAUUAUAAAUUCGGAAUCAGUUAGAUGGAAGAGAAGAGGAGAAAAAAACGCGUUUUCGGACGAUGAUUGUAAAGAAGGGGUGGUCGACUUCAUCUUCUAUCUUCUAACCAGCAAUAGGAGUAUAUUUCGAGUUCACAAUUUUGUCAAAGUGGAUUCUGCUCGUUUUGGUAAAAGUUUUUGUGUAAUUAAACCAAUAUCGUUAGGAAGAGAAAAUAAUUCAACACGAGCUUGUCUUCAUGUGAAAUGUGAAUAUAAAGUCCCAAGUCCCCGGCAUUUGAAAACUAUCAAAUUCACUUUGCCCAGGAUUUUCCUCAUUUUCAUAUUGGUUUUUCUUCAACUUAAGUAA